AUGGACCUGACCGUGCUGAACCUAGCCCCCAUCAAGACCGAAGCAGCCAUGUCCGGCCCCCUGCCGCCGUCUGACCACACAGCCACAUUUUCUUGUUUAAACUACAAUGGAUCUUUCUGUACAGGAUACGAAAAGACGGCGGACACCUCAGAGAAAACAUCACUGGCUGAUCAAGAAGAUGCCCGACUCGUACACCUCAACCAGCCUCAGUUUACAAAGUUUUGCAACAAUCGAGUCAGCACGGCCAAAUAUAACGUGCUCACCUUCCUCCCGCGGUUCCUCUACUCGCAGUUCAGGAGGGCGGCCAAUGCCUUCUUUCUCUUCAUUGCACUCUUGCAGCAAAUCCCGGAUGUUUCCCCCACGGGUCGCUGGACCACGCUGGUGCCGCUGCUCUUCAUCCUGGUGGUGGCUGCUGUUAAAGAGAUAAUUGAAGACCUGAAACGCCACAAAGCUGACAAUGUUGUCAACAAAAAGGAAUGUCAAGUGCUGAGGAAUGGUGCCUGGGAGAUUGUGCACUGGGAAAAGGUGGCUGUUGGUGAAGUAGUCAGAGCUUCAAACGGGGAUCACCUCCCGGCUGACCUCGUCAUUCUGUCGUCCAGUGAACCACAGGGGAUGUGCUAUAUCGAAACUUCUAAUUUGGAUGGAGAAACGAAUCUGAAAAUCAGACAGGGUCUCCAAGUGACAUCAGACAUAAAGGAAAUUGACAGCCUGAUGCGUCUCUCUGGGCGGAUGGAGUGUGAAAGCCCAAACCGCCAUCUCUAUGAGUUUGUUGGGAACAUCCGCCUGGACGGACACAGCACGGUACCUCUGGGUCCAGACCAGAUCCUACUGAGAGGAGCCCAGCUGAGGAACACACAGUGGGUCCAUGGUGUUGUUGUCUACACAGGACAUGACACAAAGCUCAUGCAGAAUUCCACGCGGCCACCUCUGAAGCUGUCCAACGUGGAGCGAAUCACCAACUUUCAGAUCCUGGUGCUGUUUGGCUGCCUGCUCGCCAUCUCCCUGGUUUGCUCUAUUGGCCAAACCAUCUGGAAGUACCAGUACGGCAAUGAUGCCUGGUACAUGGAUCUCAACUAUGGCGGAGCUGCUAACUUUGGCCUCAACUUCCUCACCUUCAUUAUCCUUUUCAACAACCUGAUACCCAUCAGUCUCCUGGUCACACUGGAGGUUAUUAAAUUCAUCCAAGCUUUUUUCAUCAACUGGGACACUGAUAUGUUGUAUGAGCCCACUAACACGCCUGCAAUGGCCCGCACCUCAAAUCUUAACGAAGAAUUAGGCCAGGUGAAAUACAUUUUCUCUGACAAGACGGGAACGCUGACCUGCAACGUCAUGCAGUUUAAGAAGUGCACAGUCGCCGGUGUGGCCUAUGGUCACGCCCCAGAGGCUGAGGAGGGUAGUUUUGCAGAGGAUGACUGGCACAGCACGCAGGCAUCAGAAGAGGCUGGAUUUAAUGACCCAAGCUUACUGGAAAACCUCCAAAGUAAUCAUCCUACAGCGGCCGUUAUCCUGGACUUUAUGACCAUGAUGGCCAUCUGCCACACUGCAGUCCCCGAGUGCAUGGACGGAGAAAUCACCUACCAAGCCGCAUCUCCAGAUGAAGGAGCUCUGGUGAGAGCAGCUCGAAACCUUGGCUUUGUGUUUUCUGGACGGACCCCAGACAGAGUCAUUGUGGAAUCGCUCGGAAAGGAGGAACAGUACGAACUGCUUCAUGUGCUGGAGUUUACAAGCUUUUCCCUUAAUCCACUGUUUCACUUUCCCUCUAUCUCCAUUUUUGGCUUUUCCUACGCUAGUACAAGGAAGAGGAUGUCUGUCAUCAUGCGCACCCCAUCUGGGAAGAUCCGCCUUUACUGCAAGGGAGCUGGGGAAAAAGGCACAGGGUACAUGUUUGGAACGCCCGCAGAGGCAGUCCGUUGUGCUCUGUGUCCAUACUGCCCCCUUGUGAGACAUCAGCAGGAUAAUGUCAUGCGGAAUAUUUUAUGGCUGCGCACUCUGUGCUUCGCCGUGACAGACAUCAGCGAGUCAAACUAUCAGCACUGGCAGGAGAUCCAUCAGAGAGCCAGCACCUCCCUCCAGAACAGAGCCCUGAAAAUGGAAGAGACCUACGAACUAAUAGAGAAGAACCUGCAGCUCCUCGGGGCCACCGCGAUAGAAGACAAGCUCCAGGAUAAGGUACCCGAGACCAUCGAGACUCUGAUGAAGGCUGACAUUAAGAUCUGGAUCCUGACCGGGGACAAACAGGAAACGGCCAUCAAUAUUGGACAUUCCUGCAAACUCCUGACAAAGAACAUGGGCAUGCUCGUGAUCAAUGAAGACAGUCUGGAUGCAACAAGGGAAACCCUCAGCCACCACUGUGGAAUGCUUGGAGAUGCCCUUUACAAGGAAAACGACUUUGCUCUCAUUAUUGAUGGGAAGACUCUCAAAUAUGCUCUUACCUUCGGAGUGCGCCAGUACUUCCUGGACCUUGCCCUGUCCUGUAAAGCUGUCAUAUGCUGCAGAGUUUCUCCUCUUCAGAAGUCAGAAGUGGUAGAGAUGGUAAAGAAACAGGUGAAAGUGAUCACACUGGCUAUCGGUGACGGCGCCAAUGACGUGGGAAUGAUUCAGACGGCCCAUGUCGGCGUGGGAAUCUCCGGCAACGAGGGUCUGCAGGCUGCUAACUCUUCUGAUUACUCUAUUGCCCAGUUCAAAUACUUGAAAAACUUGCUGCUCGUCCACGGAGCCUGGAAUUACAACCGUGUGGCCAAGUGCAUCCUGUACUGCUUCUACAAGAACAUCGUUCUCUACAUCAUCGAGAUCUGGUUUGCCUUCGUCAAUGGCUUCUCCGGGCAGAUUCUGUUUGAGCGCUGGUGCAUCGGCUUGUACAAUGUGAUCUUCACCGCUCUCCCACCUCUCACUCUGGGGAUAUUUGAACGAUCGUGCAGGAAAGAAAAUAUGCUGAAAUACCCAGAACUCUACAAAACCUCCCAGAAUGCAAUGGGUUUCAACACCAAGGUCUUCUGGGCCCAUUGUCUGAACGGCCUCUUCCACUCCGUCAUCCUCUUCUGGUUCCCCCUUAAAGCCUUCCAGCAUGAUACUGUCUUUGGCAAUGGAAGAACUCCAGACUAUCUCCUCUUAGGCAACAUGGUUUACACUUUUGUGGUCAUCACAGUUUGUCUUAAAGCCGGCCUCGAGACCUCUUCCUGGACCAUGUUCAGUCACAUCGCCAUCUGGGGAAGCAUUGGCCUGUGGGUGGUGUUUUUCAUCAUCUACUCCUCCCUGUGGCCCCUCAUCCCUCUGGCCCCCGACAUGUCAGGCGAGGCGGAGAUGAUGUUCAGUUCAGGGGUCUUCUGGAUGGGCCUGUUCUUCAUCCCAGUCACCUCGCUGAUAUUUGAUGUGGCCUACAAAGUUGUGAAGAAGGUGUUUUUCAAGACCCUGGUGGAUGAGGUUCAGGAGCUGGAGGCUUUAUCUAAAGACCCUGGAGCAGUGGUGCAUGGGAAGAGUUUGACGGAGAGGGCCCAGCUCCUGAAGAACGUCUUUAAGAAGAGCACAGUCAGUCUGUACCGGUCCGAGUCCAUGCAGCAGAACCUGCUCCAUGGCUAUGCCUUCUCUCAAGAUGAGAACGGAGUGGUGUCUCAGUCUGAGGUCAUCAGAGCCUACGACACCACCAAACAAAGGACCAACGAGUGGUGAGCUGCCGGUCCUCUUGUUCCAGGCCGGCCAGUUUGGAGCCACAGCUGCCAUUUCCAAAGGCGACAUUUGAAGCUGAUCGUGGAGAACUGAUGGUGCUAGUGCGUACCUUCAGCACUGAGGGGAGUUUUGGACAUGACCCGGACUGAGGACAGAGGGACUAUAUCAUCUUUUUAAAACACGUGGACAAGGAAGAAAAGAAAAGGCGUUCAUUAUCGGCUGUAGUUGUGAGUCCAUCAGGCACGAUAAGCACUGUGCGUUCUUAAGAGUCUGUGGUCUGAAGUUCUUCACUGUUCACUCGCUCAGUUCGUCAUAGCGAUCGUCUCCUUUCUAUUGAUUUAAGGAAUGACAGCUUUUAAGCUGAGCCACACACCCUAAAAUCCGCUUAACUAAACCACUUCUAAACACUGUUAGCUCAGAAGUUAAGACACUGGACAAUGACUGGUCUGGAAAUGCUGACCCUGUGAAAGAUUGCCAAAGAGCAGUCGUGUAUACAAUCGUCCAAGUACUCGUGAAUUGGGAAAACUUCUAACCAAAUGCAAUUAAAUGAUUUCCAGCACUGAACAGACCACUCCAGAGCAAAUGUUUGUAAUAUUUUCAAUUUCUUUUUUGCACUUACGGAAGCGUCUCUUGUGAAAAGCCUUACAUUUGCUCAUGCCUUCGUCCGUCUUUGUCCGCUUAAAAGGAAAUACUGCUUUUAAUUUAUUUUAGCGUUUUAUUAAGGAUUUAGAUACUGUGCCUGUUUUUUUUUUUUUUUUUGCACCUUUUCAUUUAAUGCUUGAGAAGUUGCCUCUCGCACCACACAGUAGUCCUGUUUGCAACCUUCUUUUUGUUUUCUUUUGCAGCAGAAGUAUUGCUAUCGAUGUAGAAUUGCAUUCCACACCUCACUCCAGUUUCAACGAUCACAUCGGUGCCUAAGUGAAACCUUUUCCCUCUUAGAAGAAAAAGCUAGCCAAGAAUAGUUUAGCGCUACACACCGACACACCUAGAGAAGAAAAAAAUUGCACUCCCACAGUGUUAAAAUUUCAGAUUUGCUCCCCAAGAGGCGAAGUCCAGGCUCUCCGAUGGUCUUUUUGAAACUAGCAGCAUUGGUAGUGUUUCCCUUAAAAAUGUUAUCCUCUAACAUAAGUGCCAUUAGCUUAAGGGAAAGAGAAAUGUUAGCCAGGAAACUCCAAGACGGUAUCAAGACUACUUUGUCUCUAUAGUUAUUUUGUGGAUUUGUAUUUUUAUAUUGGAGAUGUCUGACUUUUGCAUCGACUGGCUUUGUAAUGAACCGUCUGUGACUUUUAGUUUGUUUCUUCCUCUGAUAAUCUGGCAGGAUAGAGUAGGUCUGACGAGGAAAAGGGAGCUUUCUUAUAUGUCUUGUUAUUAUUAAUAUUAAUAUGGGUACAGCUUAAUUUAUUUAUUAUCGACUACUUACUGUCUGUGUGAUUGCUUUCUUCUCCCUAUGGGAGAUAAAAAUUUCUGAUUGUGGGUGUCAGUUCAUAGCCUGCAUGUGCACGUUCCGUGUGUAUGUGUGUGUGAAUGUGUGUAUGUGUCACUUCUACUGUGGCUGUCUCUGUUUGCAAUGCAUGUCCGUGUCCUGUUUCAGAAGCUGGGAGUUAAUGGCGUUUCUUUCACUGUGUGUAUGUAUGAAUGUGUGUAUGUGUGUAUGUGUGUGUGUGUGUGUGUGUGUGUGUAUGUGUGUGUGUGUGUGU